UCCAUUCCUCGGUGAAACUUCGUCGGAAUCAGGCCAUGAAGGCCGCGAACUGCGUGAUUUGCGUGGAGGAGAGCAAAGUCUGUGCCUGUGCGAGUGAGGCAAAUGCCAAGGCCACCAGCUCGUUCACGCAUUCUGUCAUCAACAUGGUUGGCAUGCUCAUAGGGCUGGGGCAGUUGUCGGCUCCCUACGCACUGGAGAACGGAGGAUGGAGCUCGGCGCUGCUGCUCAUCGGCUUCGGAAUCAUGUGCGCGUACACCGCGCACAUCAUCGGCAGGUGCCUCGACGACGACGGCGGUGGCUCUAAGAGUUACCAAGACAUCGGCGAGCAAGCGUUCGGAUCCAAAGGCAGGAUCGUAGCCUCUGCCUUCAUCUACCUGGAGAUCUUCUUCGCGCUCGUGUCCUACACCAUCUCGCUCAGCGACAACCUGCCGCUGGUGCUCGCCGGCGUGCACGCGCACGCGCCGUGGCUCCACCUGUCGACUGCGCAGCUUCUGACUGCGACGGCGGUGCUGGUGGCGCUGCCGACGCUGUGGUUGCGGGACAUGUCGUCGAUCUCGUUCCUCUCCUUGGGAGGGAUCCUCAUGUCUCUGCUUAUGUUUGCGACGGUUGCGUGGGUGGCGGCGUUCGGCGGCGUGGAAGGGAGUCAUGAGAUUCCGGCGCUGAGGGUGGAGAUGCUCCCGAGGAUCUCGGGCUUGUACAUGUUCAGCUUCGCCGGCCACAUUGUGUUCCCCAAUAUCUACACCGCCAUGAAAGACCCUUCCAAAUUCACCAAGGUGUCCAUUGCAAGCUUCGCCAUUGUUACCUUGCUCUACACCGCACUAGCUUUCAUGGGCGCGCUGCUCUUCGGCCCGGCGGUGAGGUCGCAAAUCACGCUCAGCAUGCCGCCGCGCCUCGGCGCCACCAAGGUGGCGCUUUGGGCCACCGUGCUGACCCCGAUGACCAAGUACGCACUGGAGUUCGCCCCCUUCGCCACCCAGCUGGAGCGUCGCUUGCCCCCUUCCAUGUCCUCGCGCGCCAGAAGGCUCCUCAGCGGCGGCGUCGGGUCCGCCCUGCUGCUCCUCAUCCUCGCCCUCGCCCUCGUCGUCCCCUACUUCGAGGACGUCCUCAGCCUCACUGGCUCCCUCAUCAGCGUCGCCAUCUCCAUCAUCUUCCCCUGCGCCUUCUACCUCAGGAUCUACUGGGCCCGCUCCUCGCGAGCCAGCGUCGCCUUCCACGUCGGGCUCAUCGUGUUCGGGGCUGCGAUUGCGGGGAUGGGCACAGUCUCGUCCUCGCAAGCCCUGAUUCGAAGCAUUCGGAGAGGCCAUUAA